CUUAAGGGAAUACAAGCCUUGUGUGCUCUUCUGGGGAGAACUUUUCUACUUUUAAGCCACUUCCAAGGGCCCCAGGUUGCUUGGUUGGAACCACAUGAAAACCGCUACUUCUCCUUCUUUCCUCUGGAAAAGAUUCUUCAUUGCAGUAUAUCUACAACUUGGCAAUCCCUGAAAGAGGUCAUGUGGAGACAUCCAUACUCACUUCUAGCUUUGGUGCUAUUGCUAAAUCCACUGGAAUUGCAAGCUUCAGUCAGCUAUAAGCCCAAUUUUGUCAUCUUCCUGGCUGAUGACUUUGGCAUUGGGGAUCUCGGCUGCUAUGGAAAUGAUACAAUCAGGACUCCCAAUAUCGAUCGGCUAGCAGAAGAAGGUGUGAAACUCACUCAGCACAUUUCAGCAGCCCCCCUUUGCUCCCCAAGCAGAGCCGCUUUCCUGACUGGCCGAUAUCCCAUCAGAUCAGGUUUUGAUGAAAGGGAUCGUUUCCGUGUCCUUAGCUGGCUUGCUGGUUCUGGUGGGCUUCCUCAGAAUGAAACUACUUUUGCUGAGAUAUUGCAGAACAAAGGCUACACCACUGGCUUAAUAGGGAAGUGGCAUCUAGGUAUGAACUGUCGAACCCGUGACGACUUCUGCCAUCACCCCUUAAAUCAUGGAUUUGACUAUUUUUAUGGAAUGCCAUUUUCAAUGAUGGGUGAUUGUCAAAUUACAUACCCUCCAGAGAAGGAGAUGCCCCAACGAAUCAAGCUUUGGUCUUAUACUCUGAUGAUUGCCCUCGCUGUACUUACACUUAUGGCAGCAAAGCUCACUCAUCUGCUGCCGCUCAGUUGGAAAACAAUUUUCUCCCUAGCUUUGUUUGGUUUCGCCUUCUUCAUUUCCUGGUACUCAAGCUUUGGAUUCAUAAGAUACUGGGACUGCAUUGUAAUGAGAAACUAUGAAAUUACAGAGCAACCAGCGAAGGUAGAGAGAACUGCAUCCCUGAUGCUGAGGGAAGCCAUUUCCUUUAUUGAAAGGAACAAGCAAGGGCCAUUCUUCCUAUUUGUUUCUUUCUUACAUGUCCACACACCACUGGUAACAACAGAAAGGUUCAGGGGGAAAAGUAGGCAUGGAUUGUAUGGUGACAAUGUCGAAGAGAUGGACUGGAUGGUAGGAAGGAUUUUGGAUAAGCUUGACAAGGAAAAAUUGGAAAACAGCACACUGACCUAUUUUACUUCUGACCAUGGUGCCCACUUGGAGGCAAAAGAAGGAAAUGCUCCACGAGGUGGUUGGAACGGCAUCUACAAAGGUGGAAAAGCCAUGGCAGGCUGGGAAGGAGGAAUCCGCGUCCCUGGAUUAUUUAGAUGGACAGGAAUGCUACCCAAGGGCAAGAUUAUUCAUGAACCAACCAGUCUAAUGGACAUUUUCCCUACGUUGGUUCAUCUGGCUGGUGGGACAGUACCACAAGACAGGAUAAUUGAUGGUCGAGAUUUGAUGCCUUUGCUGCAGGGAUCAGUUCAGCACUCAGAGCAUGAAUUCCUGUUUCAUUACUGUGGGAUGCAUUUACAUGCAGCACGGUGGCACCAGAAGGACAGUGGAAAUGUGUGGAAGGUUCAUUACAUGACACCAAUCUUUCACCCAGAGGGAUCUGGAGGUUGUUACAAUAUAAAAUUUUGCCAAUGUUCUGGGAAAUAUGUAAGACAACACGAUCCUCCUCUGCUGUUUGAUCUCUGGAGAGACCCAUCAGAGGCUGUGCCUCUUUCACCAGACACGGAGCCCCUGUUCCAUGAAGUUCUAAAGCGCAUAGGCAGAGCUGUGGAAGAGCAUCGCCGGACCCUCACUCCUGUCCCACCACAGCUCUCUUUUGGCAACAAUAUCUGGAAACCAUGGCUGCAGCCAUGCUGCGGGACCUUCCCAUUCUGCUGGUGUGACAAAGAAAAGGAAAACCUAUAAAAUGGAUAUCAUUUUAAAGUUCCCUGCGUUACGUGCCCUAAGAAGUUGCAAUGGAGGUGGGCCUUUUCCCAGCCUGCUCACCUGGCUGGAUGCAGACCUGCCAUAGGAUGGGGAACAACAGGUCAAGUUAUUUUUGUGUGAUGCUGGAGAGACAUGUCUUGCUCUGUGCUAGACCCAAGAGCUCUGGCUUGGGGCUUCCUUGGAAGCCUAAUGAGGAUGUAAGAUCUGUUGGGGAGUUAAUGCUGUGAGCCCCUCCAUCCUUUGAUCACAUUGUGUGUAUAUGUUUGUGUGUGUGAAUAAAACCAUAUAUCCUAAAAACACCACAGUUUCCUUUGACCUUCAUUCCAAGGAAACAGAAUCCCACGUAAGCGCUGGAGCCCCUGGAGUCUUUUGCUGCUUGGAGAUGGGUGCAGCAAUAUUGUAUUUCAUUGUGAUGCUGACAUUAUGUAUUUCCUCUUAAUCGUAUUUUAGCUUUGUGAUAUUACCAUUUUUUAUUUGUAAACUACUAAGUGAUAUUUUAUUGUGGGGUGUAUUAUUACUAGGCAGUCAAGUACAAUUUCCUGUUGCCUAGAAUGGAGACGUGGGAAUGUGGCUCCCGACAGGGAGGACUUCCUGUCAUACCUGCUCUGGAGCUUCCUUCCCCUGUGUGUGACCAGGUAGUUGAGUGUCACCCUAACUGACCAAGUAAACGGGCUGGCCAUGCAACCAUCUCUCAAUCUUUUGGUCUUAGUCUUACUCAUGGACUCUCACUCUCCUGGCUCAACCUUCACAUAGGAUGGAGCCCACAAGCAGAAAGUCUGAGAUAUAAUUCAGACUUCUUUUCACUGUAACCACAAGAUAAGGCCUACCUUCAGAUUACUGCUGUGAACUGAAUGUGAGUAAAACUCUACUCUUUCUUUUAAAGAAGACUGUGUUGUGUUAUUAUUUUAAUAGGGAAA